AUGUUGGUUAGGAUUCCUCUCAACGACGAUGCGACAGAAAAGGGCCAACGAAUGAAUUCGCGCAAGGCCCUCCACGAGAAGCAGAUCAACGAGAUCAAGAAAGCGGCCACGCCGCGCAAGGGCAGCAUCAGGCUGGAGGACAUUGAGAAUGCGUCGCCAGGCUCCGCCAUGGGCACCCCGCGCGGGAGCCGCGGCGGCGUCGAUGGCGACGAGAACAUAAUGGUUGGCGGCGUGUCCGUGACGCCCAUGAAGCGCGUCCCCAUUCUGGCCAACUUUGAGGAAUGGAUGAAGAUGGCCACGGACAACAAGAUCAACGCGACCAACUCAUGGAAUUUUGCGCUCAUCGACUAUUUUCACGACAUGUCCCUGCUGAAGGAAGGCGACGGCGUCAAUUUCCAAAAGGCCAGCUGCACCCUCGACGGCUGCGUCAAGAUUUACACCAAUCGAGUCGACAGCGUCGCUACGGAGACGGGCAAGUUGCUCAGCGGCCUCGCCGAUAGCAACAGCAAUAAGAAGAAGGACCGCGAUGGUGACGCUGAAGGCGAGGAGAGCGAGGAGGAAUUAGACGAGGAUGGGAACGUCAAGAAGAAGCCCAAGAAGAAGACUCAACGAUCGUCAGAGGCUACGUUGGCGCCGUCUUUCAGUUCUUUGCAGCUGAAGAAGUUCGAGCUCGAGUUUGCCGUCGACCCGCUGUUCAAGAAGGCAUCCGCGGAUUUCGACGAGGGGGGCGCCAAGGGUUUGUUGCUCAACCACUUGAUGAUCGACUCCCAAGGCCGAAUUGUCUUCGACAGCAGUGACGACGCGGGCGACGUGAUUACGCUUGGGAAGAACAAGGAUGACGACGCGGCGGACGAGGACAUCGAAAACGAGGAUCCCGACGCUUCAACCAUGCAACCAGAGCAGAGCCUGAUCGAAGAUGCGAAUGUACCACAAGACGAGGAUGAGGAAAACGCCGUUCCCAUUGACCUGGCAUCGCUUCGACACCGAUUCUUCCCAGAUUUGGCCAUGCUGGACGAUCUUGACGUAUGCCCCUCGCUCAAGAACUUCGACCUCGGCGAUCCCUCUGGCUCCACCGACAUCCCGUUCCUUAAAGCGCCCGAGGACUGGAGGAUGGAUCAAGACAAGGAAAAGACUCCCGGCGCAUUUGGAGAUAAGUCGGGCAUGUUCAUCGACGAGGAAGCACCAGCUGGCUUUGACGACGACGACUUGGGCCUGGGAAGCUUUGACAUUGGUGGCGACGUGGCCUUUGGCGAAGGCGGAGAAGCCUGGGCCCGUGAAGCAGCUCUUGGCCCUCAGAUGCGGGUAUACGAUGCCGGCAUGGGUGAUGAAGGCGGCGACGGCGACGGCUUCGAUGACAACGGAGAAUACGUCGUUUCCAUGGUCAACCCGCAAAAUCUCGACAAGAUGCAUGAUGACAUCCUUGGGUUCUUCGACCAGGCGCUGCAGAAGAACUGGAGCAGUGCAGAGCACUGGAGGAUCCGCAAGAUCAAGGACAUCAACAAGCCCGCCAGCGAGACAAGGAAGCGAAAAGAAAAGGAGCCGUUCGAGAUUGACUUCGCCGCACCGUUAGAAUCUACCAUGGCGGAUAUCAUCCACACGCAGGCGUCGAGCAACUCCGCCAUCAGCUUGCCAAAGAAGGAUUGGAAAUCCAAGUCUCGGAACCUACUCCCCGACGAUAAGCACUUCAACUCAAAGUCGUUGCUGAGUCUUUUCCUCAAGCCCCGAGCGCGUCUUUCCUGCCGGCGUACCGGGUUUGGCGCACGUGCUGGCUUUGGUAAUGCUCAGCAGGACAGCCAGCCUGUGGGCGAGAUGGAUGAAGCAUUCUGGGCAAACCAGAAAGGGCCUGAAGAGACGGCUCUUCCAGAAGGCGACUACGAUGCCAACUUCUUCCAGGACGACGGGUUGCCGUUCCCCGGUGGAGACGACCCCGACGACGACGACUUGGAGUUUGCUGAUGCACGGGAGCACCUUUCUCCGGAGGGCGAGCCAGGCAUGACGGAGGCCGUCGGCUUGACGGCGAUGCUUGGUGGCGAAACAUAUCCGUUCACGCAAGCCAUGGGAGGCGCGUUCGGGACGACGCUGGUCACGCAAACGAGGAGAGUCCGACCCGAGUAUGUGCAGUACGCAAGACGGGCGAAGAAGGUGGAUGUGCGUCGGCUCAAGGAGGAGAUUUGGAAGGGCAUGGAGUUUGACAAGCUCGAGAAUCCCGCCAAGGAUGGCGCGCCCUCGGGUACCACUCAGGAUUCCACGCAGCCAGCCGACACGACACUCAGGUUCAGCGAGGUCAUAACUGGUCUCCAGUCUGUGUACCCCAAGUCAGUGAUGGAGGACAUCUCGACCUCGUACUGCUUCAUCUCCCUGCUACAUCUGGCCAACGAGAGGGGGCUUGUCAUUGAGAACACGGAGAGCUUGUCAGACCUAGACAUUCGCAAAGACUGGACGGCAGAGUUAAUAGAGGGCGCGGAGUAA